AUGCAGCUCAUUACCCUCCUUUCGGCGGCCUCGGCCAUGGUUGCGACCACUUCCGCGACCAACCUCAGAAGCGCUGUUAAUCUGAACAAGGAAUGCGACACCGCCAAGCCCUACGCACGCGUCAUCAACCGUUGCGACUACGACGUUCACCUUUGGUCUGUUUACAAGGGUGAUGGCUGCCCCGAAGAUGGCAUGGUCACGUUGAAGACUGGCGAGAUCUACAAUGAGAACUACACUCCUCCCAAGGACGACGUUGGUGUGUCCAUUAAGAUCUCGAAGACGAAAGAAUGCAAAGGCGUCGACAUUACCCAGUUGGAGUACUAUCUGGAAACUUCUAAGCCCAACUUCCAAUACAACUUCCUCGAUGUUUCAUAUGUCGAUUGUCUUGGUGGCGACUGCCCUGCAAGGAAGGACGGAUACUACCUCAAGGCCGGUAGCCAGGACGGAAUAAACAUCGCCUCUUCUUCCAACACCUUCUGUCCUAUCCUGGCUUGCCACGAUGAGGCUUCUUGCGACCAGGUUUCUUACGUCCUUCCCGACGACGUUCAGACCAAGACCUGCCACCUCGACCAAAGCGUGGACUUCUACAUGUGCGGUGGAGAGGCGCCCUCUGGCGACUACGGCUCGUCUCCUAGCGAGCCUGAGUCUUCUGCAGAGCCUUCCACCAGCUCCAGCAAGCUGGCAGAGUACUCCGCUGCCAAGCCUACUUCCUCCUCUGCUUCCUACGAAGACUCCUACACUGCCGACAUCGAAGUGGCUGCUGCCGCUGUCACACCUGCGCCCGAGAAGCAGGACCCCAAGCCUUACCACAAGCUUACCAAGACUGUCUACGUCACCGCGGUCGAGUAUGUCAACGCAAAGAGGCACGCUCACGCUCACGACCAUGCCCGUCGUCACCAGCCUUUCCACGCAUAA